UCCAUGUGACCAGCAAUAUGACGACAGAGUGAUCCAGAAUAGAGAGCAGUGAAUCUGCUAUUAGACAAUUUGGAUAUCUUCUCUUUGAUUGUUUAACCCUAACUAAUCAGUUAAGAAACGUAUGCAAGUAUUAGCUUACACAGAUACUCAGUCAAACAGUGAAGAAAUACAUCCAGCUACCAGAGUAAGCGAAAGCAAGUAAGCUAACCGCAUAGACAACUAGCUAAGCAAACUAGCUAGCAUACAAGGAUCGGAGGAGCCAGACGUGGUCCAGUUGUCACACCCUAAACUAGGAGUCGGCUCAGUUGACCACAGUAAAUCUUGGGACUCCUGCAGAAAUGUAGACCGGAUAAAGGAAACAUGAAGUAGACAUUUUGUGAUAAUGAAAGACAUUCAUUACUAACAAAAACACGCGCAGCACUUUUUUAGAACCUGGACAUGACUUCAUCAUCAUCAUGCCACAGCGGUCCUCGAGAUAGCGCUUGCCAACCUGUCUGCUAAUUUCAAUUGCCACACCGGAUCUAGCAUACCAAUCGUUUGUUUGUGUGCUUUGGUACAAUUCGUUUUGGGGUAAUAUGAAUGCACCGAUGUAUACAUUUGUCGCCCGAGAUGAGAACAGCACCGUUUAUGCUGAAGUUUCCAAAAUUCUCGUCGCAACCGGACAAUGGAAGAGGCUGAAAAGGGAUAAUCCCCGAUUCAAUUUGAUGUUGGGCGAAAGGAACAGACUGCCAUUUGGACGGCUUGGUCAUGAACCUGGACUUAUGCAACUGGUAAAUUAUUACAGAGGGGCAGAUAAGUUGUGCCGCAAAGCAUCUUUAGUCAAGUUAAUCAAGACUAGUCCAGAGCUGCCAGAAGCUGGAAACUGGUUGCCUGAAUCCUACAUCAUCUAUCCCACUAACCUCAACACUCCUGUUGCUCCAGCAAAGAAUGGCAUAAGCCACCUGAAAAGUAACCCCAAGACAGAUGAAAGAGAAGUUUUCCUAGCCUCUUAUCACUCAAAGAAGGAAAGCAGAGAGGGAACAGUGUGGAUUGCUAAAUCAUCUGCUGGAGCGAAAGGUGCUGGAAUUUUGAUAUCCCAUGAUGCAAAUCAAUUGCUGGACUUCAUUGAUAAUCAAGGGCAGGUUCAUGUCAUUCAAAAGUACUUAGAAAGACCACUACUGCUGCAACCUGGCAAUCGCAAAUUUGACAUCAGGAGCUGGGUGCUUGUGGACCAUCAGUAUAACAUCUACCUGUACCGGGAGGGUGUGCUGCGGACAGCUUCUGAGCCCUACGAUGCCUCCAAUUUCCAGGACAUGACCAGCCACCUGACCAACCACUGCAUCCAGAAAGAGCAUUCGCAAAACUAUGGCCGCUACGAGGAAGGCAACGAGAUGUUCUUUGACGAGUUCCGGCAGUACCUGCUGAGCACCCACAACGUAGUGCUGGAGACCAGCAUUUUACCUCAGAUCAAACAGAUCAUAAGGAGCUGUCUGACAUGCAUCGAGCCAGCAAUUAGCACUAAGCACUUGUCCUAUCAGAGCUUCCAGCUCUUCGGCUUCGACUUUAUGGUGGAUGAGAGCUUCAAGGUGUGGCUGAUCGAGAUCAAUGGAGCUCCAGCGUGCGCACAGAAACUUUACCCCGAGCUGUGCCAAGGUAUCGUGGAUGUAGCCAUCUCCAGUGUCUUCCCGCUGACCAAUGAUGCUGAGCCCCGCUCAUCUUCCUCCUCUCCUGCUCCCUACCCCUCCUCCCCCUCCUUCUCCACUCUCACCUCAUCCUGUUCCUCUCCAAAACUGAGAGGGCCCCUCCACGUGGGCCCGUUUACCCGACUGUAGGUCCACCCCGACUUCGCUUCAGAAUUUUCAGCCUUCUUCUUCCUGCUCUUCCAUGCUUUUUCCUCGAGAGGUCCCGCAGGUCAAUAUGUUUUUUUGUGGAAGGGGAUUUACCCUGUGAUUGACUGAAGAUUGAAUCUGGGACCAUCACAUUCAUGCUACCACAUUUUCCUCUCUCAUACACCACAGCGGAAGAGGUUUUCAGAAGAAUGCCUGGACAGACAGGCAGAAUGUCAGUGGGGACCUGGUGAAUGUUUGAAUGCUGAUGAUGGUGGUUAAGAUGAAUAUGGGAUGGAUGGAGAGAUGCUGUUGUAACUGUUGUAACCCUGUGCUGCCACUUCCCCAGACUGUAUGAUCAACCUCUGAAGAUGGAGGGGAUGUUACAUUUAUAAAACAGACUAUAGUGCCUUACAUCUCCACCCAUACCCACUUAAAGAUGCAGCUUGUCUAGUUUAGUAUACCGGCUUUGCUAAUGUGUGUGUUAUGUGAGCCUUUGUGUAGUUGAGGCAAUCCGGAUGUCUGCGCUUUCUGGUGUUUUUCACUGGGUUCAGAGAUCUUUAGGUUUCAUCCACAGAAAUUAGUAUUGUUGGGGAUUGGGACAUUCCUCGGUCUUGAUAUGAAUACCAAGCAGUGGUUAUACGCGUAUUUCAUAUCAUGGUUAUUCUCAAAACCCCAGAGAGCUUUGUGUUUGGUAGUUUAAAAGAGGAAUAAAACAGAAUCUGGUUUCUAAUUUAUUGCUACCUAAAUUGUAUCACAGCUAUUUCGUAGCUACUGUUGCCUGCGCGAUGUGUAGUGUUAGGGCUUACAUUUUUGAUAGACUUUUAUUAUUUUAUUAUUGUUUUUUUACAACAUUGUUAGAUUACUCUACUCUAUUUUCUCAUUUAACGAAAAGCAUUAAUGGAAUGAGAAACUUGUCCAUUUAAGAUUAGAUAUAUACUUUUUUAAAUGUUUCAAAGUAUUUUAUCAACCUACUAAGUUCAUUCAGUGAGACCAUUAUUUCAGUUUUUGUCAUUUUAAAGAGGGUUGGUGUGGAUGCAUGUCCCCACAUUUGCGGUGUCCUAAUGCAGGUAAGUCUAUUCUCCCCUUCCUCCUUCUAAUACUGAGUUCUUACCCAAGAGCCUUGUCAUGAUGUCUUUCAUUGCCUUCCCAAUAUAUCCACAGGACACAUCCGUCAAUGCAACUGCAUUGCAUUUUGACAGCUGAUGUUUUGAUUUGCGUAGUGGUGCUUAUUGUAGACCUAGUCCUGUGCUCAUGACUUCUGCAGUAUUUGCAGUACUUCUGUUUGUUUAGUGUGUUUCAUUAGUGACUCUAGCUGAUAGAAAUUGGGUUUCCUGGUCAUUUUUGCUUGUUUCCUUAAAACCUGUUGUAAACCUGAAGUGAACAUAGUAGCUUCAACCCCGCAAACCAAUUUUUAUACAGGCAAGUUUGCUCUUUUAAUGUAUUUAUUUAAAAUGUUUAGACUAUUAACGCUGUCCUUCAGGUUGUUAUGCAGCUCCCAUGGCGUUAUAUGGAGUUGAGAUACCUGCAUGCUAGAAGGUAAUUUUCCCUGUUUGUGUCUGCAUCUCUCUUUUACACUUUACACUGGUUUAAGUAUAAACCACCUCACCCCAUUUAUGUUCAGGGCUUUGUAACAUAUCAAAGCCACAGUUAAGAAUUAAGUUUUGUUCUAUGCUAAACUUUAAGUCUAAAGCAUCUUCUGGAUCUCACCGUUUCCUAUGUUUUUGUUGAGGUUAUGCCUCACCUCUUUUGACUGAAACACCACUUAAGGGACAACAUUGACACAUUUAUGUCAGUCACUGUCAUUUAAUGUUUACAAGAAUGCUAUGAAGAAUGAAGUAUGGACAAAUGUGACUGAAGGCUAGAACUGAAUCCGUUUCAUAGGCACAUGUUCAAAGCAUUCAAUGGUUAUGAACUAAAAUGGAUUUAAAGUCAAAUGUUCAGCUAAAUUGUAUAUCAAAGGGGUGGAACAAUAUGAUCAUUUUGCACACAAAAAAGCUGAACUGUAUUAUUAAACACAAAUUAUCAGUAUUAUUGUCAAAACUGGGAAAAUGUCUUUCCAUCCAAAGGAAGGGGUGCCUUAAUGGGAAUUACCUCUUGAUUUUUGGAAAAAGCAAUACAGACCUCCUGCAUAUAAAUGCACCUUUCAUUUGUUUGAUUGUAGAAUUCGCCAAUCACUGUUUGGCCUCUGUGUGGUAGUAAAUCUUUUGUGUUAGUUCAUUCUUUCCAUAUCUGGUUCUCAUGUAGAGUUUAUUUGCACUGAACCUUUUCCAAUUUUAUUGAUCUGCAUUUUCAUCUUGGGUAUCUUAUAAAUUCCUAUUUCUUACCAAAGAACCAAUCUAAUUCUUUCUCCAUCAGUAUUACUUUCCAAGCUGUGAAAAUGAAGUGUUUUUAUUUCAAGGCCUUCAAAGUGCAAUUUAACUUCAUUUUGUGUGUGUUAUGGCCAUGGGAGAUAAAGAAGGUACAGAUUGCAACAUUAUCAAAUGUUUUACCUACUGAAGGCAACCCAUUAAUAAGACACAACAGCAACAUUGGCACAUCAAAAUAUGAACCUCUCCUCCAGUCAACAUGAUUUUACCGUACUGUAUUUAGUCAGAGGAAUGCUUGUUUGUUUUCUCUAAUGUUUAUCAAACUCUUGCAUGAGAACUUGAUUGUAUCAAAAAAUAUCAUGUAGAAUAAAAUGUUAUGUAUCGUGGA